GCCGGUCUCUUGCAAUGUAGUAAGGAGGAGCAGCUCCAAGGCAACUUUUUGCUGGUGUUUGCAUGCACUUUUCUUAAAUCCAGUGUGCUGUGGCGGUCUCUGAGGUGGCAGGACACCCUCUGCAACCUCAUCUCACUUUUUAAGCCACUCUGAGCCACCACCAAGUACACAAAGUCUAGAUUAUAAAGACGAUAGGCUGCAAAUAGACCCUUCUGCUGGAGGAAAUCCAAGACUUUGAUAUAACUGCUCUCUUUUUUGUGGACAGUGUCUGUCCUGAGAUACGGUGUGAAGGGGAAACUCACACUAGAGUUUUAGAGGAUGGUAGAGCCCACAGGGAGAUGAAAAGAGGAGAUCAGCAGAGGUUUGUGAGCGGAACUUCAGAGCUGCAGAAGCCUUUUGUCCUGAGCUCUGCCUGCACAGUUGGACCGGAGCUGACAAUGAAGAUGAGCAUGGAAUGCAGAUGGAUCGGUCAAGACAAGUUUCCAAUAUAGAGCUUCCUGUUUGGAGUUACACCUGAGAGUGACUGUGUCUGAUGGAUUACUGUGUGUUCUACAAGCUGCUGACAUGAAUCCUGAGGCCAGAGAGAUGUGGAAGUGCUCGCCUUCAGGAGAAAUCUGAGACCUGGAUGAGCACGACAAGAACAUUCAAGUGAAGGAGACAAACCAUGGACUUGUUAUGGUGUGGCAUCGGACCCAUCAGGUCUUUUUAACUCGUUUGUAGCACCCUCUACCCUCUACCCUCCACCCCAUGUCACAUCUGCCCCUGAAUUAUGGAAAUGUUGUGGAAGACGCUGACUUGGACACUGAGCCUGGUGGUGAUGGCUGCUUCUGAAUUUCAAAGCAUCAACAGACUGUCACACAACUCUCAAGAGGAGUUCCUGUCCUACCUGCAGCACUACCAGUUGACUGUCCCGGUGCGGGUGGAUGAGGGCGGAGAGUUCCUGAGCUACACUGUGAAGCACCACCGGCCGGGGAGACGGAGACGGGGGGCGGUGGACCCCAUAAUGGGACAGAUGCCUGCGUUGGACCCGGACCCCCCAGAGUCCCAGCUCUUCUACAGACUGUCCGCCUACGGAAAGCACUUUCACUUAAACCUGACACUCAACCCCCAACUGGUGUCAAAACAUUUCACAGUGGAGUAUUGGGGCAAAGGAGGGAUGGAGUGGCGUCAUAACAUGGUAGAUAACUGUCACUAUGUGGGAUUCUUGCAAAAUCAGCACAGCACGACCAGAGUGGCUCUCAGCAACUGCAAGGGCUUGCAUGGUGUUAUAACAACAGAGGAGGAACAGUAUUUGAUAGAGCCAUUAAAGAACAUAUCCUCCGCCACCUCCGGUGAAUGGAACCUGGAAGAAGCACAGCAACAUGUUAUUUAUAAAAUGUCUGCCAUUCCCUCACCACAAGAGCAUAGCCAGGAGUUCAGCUGUGGCAUUUCAGACCUCAGUAAAAGCAGUGCACCUUGCCAGUUCAGCACACCCUCCCCUGUCCACUCGUCCCCCGCACCCCAAAACGACAGCGAGCAGUCGAACAGCAGCCACCGACAGAGGCGCUCCGUCAGCUCAGAGCGCUUCGUGGAGACGCUUGUGGUUGCCGAUAAAAUGAUGGUCGGUUACCACGGACGCAAAGACAUUGAGCACUACAUCUUGUCCGUAAUGAAUAUUGUUGCCAAACUUUACCGUGAUGCCAGUCUAGGAAAUGUUGUGAACAUUAUUGUGACCCGCUUGAUUGUUCUGACUGAAGAUCAGCCUAACCUGGAGAUUAACCACCAUGCUGACAAGUCUCUGGACAGUUUCUGUAAGUGGCAAAAGUCCAUCCUGUCCCAUCACAGCGACGGCAACAGCAUUCCUGAAAACGGGAUGGCCCACCAUGACAACGCCGUCCUAAUCACCCGGUAUGACAUCUGCACGUACAAGAACAAACCCUGCGGUACCCUAGGCUUGGCCUCAGUGGCUGGAAUGUGCGAGCCCGAGAGGAGUUGCAGCAUCAAUGAAGACAUCGGCCUUGGUUCUGCUUUCACAAUUGCGCAUGAGAUCGGCCACAAUUUUGGGAUGAACCACGACGGGAUCGGGAAUUCCUGCGGUACCAAAGGCCACGAGACAGCCAAGCUAAUGGCCGCUCAUAUAACAGCCAACACCAACCCUUUCUCCUGGUCCGCCUGCAGCAAAGACUACAUCACCAGCUUUCUCGACUCAGGUCGGGGGACGUGUCUGGACAAUGAACCUCUGAAACGAGACUUCCUGUACCCAACAGUGGCCCCUGGGCAGGUGUACGAUGCAGACGAGCAGUGUCGCUUCCAGUACGGAACCUCCUCACGCCAGUGCAAGUAUGGGGAAGUGUGUAGAGAGCUCUGGUGCCUUAGCAAAAGCAACCGCUGUGUAACCAACAGUAUCCCUGCUGCGGAGGGGACCCUGUGCCAGACUGGAAGCAUUGAUAAAGGGUGGUGCUACCAGGGGGAGUGUGUGGUGUUCGGUACCUGGCCUCAGAGUGUGGACGGAGGCUGGGGGCCCUGGUCCUCGUGGGGGGAGUGCAGCAGGACCUGUGGGGGCGGUGUUUCCUCCUCCAUGAGGCACUGUGACAGCCCAGCCCCGUCUGGAGGAGGGAAGUAUUGUCUCGGGGAGAGGAAACGUUACAGAUCUUGUAACACCGACGCCUGCCUUGCAGGAUCUCGUGAUUUCCGAGAGAAGCAGUGUGCUGAUUUUGACAAAAUGCCUUUCCGUGGGAAGUAUUACAACUGGAAGCCUUACACUGGUGGUGGUGUUAAGCCCUGUGCGCUGAACUGUCUAGCAGAGGGCUACAACUUCUACACAGAGCGCUCUCCUGCAGUCAUAGACGGCACCCGAUGUCAGGCUGACUCUCUGGACAUCUGCAUCAAUGGAGAGUGUAAGCACGUGGGCUGUGACAACAUCCUGAGCUCUGAUGCUAAAGAGGAUCGAUGCCGUGUGUGUGGAGGGGAUGGCAGCACCUGCGAGGCAACAGAGGGACUCUUCAACGAGUCUCUACCCAGAGGAGGCUACAUGGAGGUGGUUCAGAUCCCAAAAGGAUCGGUUCACAUCGAGAUCAAAGAAGUUGCCAUGUCGAAGAAUUACAUUGCUCUGAAAUCUGAAGUGGAUGAUUACUACAUCAACGGAGCGUGGACCAUCGACUGGCCCAGGAAGUUUGACAUCGCAGGGACGGCCUUCCACUACAAGAGACCGACCGAUGAACCGGAGUCUCUAGAGGCGCUGGGUGCUACCACUGAAAUCCUGUUUGUCAUGGUCCUCCUCCAGGAGCAGAACCUGGGGAUACGCUACAAGUUCAACGUGCCCAUCCAGCGCACAGGGAGUGGGGACAACGAGGUGGGCUUCUCCUGGCACCACCUGCCCUGGUCUGAAUGCUCUGCUACCUGCGCUGGAGGUUCCCAGAAGCAGGAGGUGGUGUGUAAAAGGCUGGAUGACAACUCAGUGGUGCAGAACAGCUACUGUGACCCAGACAGCAAACCCCCAGAGAACCAGAGAGACUGCAACACUGAGCCGUGUCCUCCAGAGUGGUUUAUCGGGGACUGGUCGGAGUGUGGGAAGACAUGUGACGGCGGGAUGAGGACGAGGACGGUUUUGUGCAUCAGGAAGAUCGGCCCUGCUGAGGAGGAGACACUUGAGGACACACACUGCCUGACUCACCGACCUAUCGAACGAGAGUCCUGCAACAACCAGUCCUGCCCGCCAAAGUGGGUCACUCUGGAUUGGUCGGAGUGUACUCCUAAAUGUGGCCCCGGCUUUAAGCACCGCAUCGCCUUGUGUAAGAGCAGCGACCUCACCAAGACCUUCCCCCCCGCACACUGCCCGAGCCACAACAAACCUCCGGUCCGAAUCCGCUGCAGUUUAGGACGAUGUCCCCCUCCUCGCUGGAUCCCUGGUGAAUGGGGACAGUGUUCGGCGCAGUGCGGCCUGGGCCAGCAGAUGAGGACGGUGCAGUGUCUGUCGUACACGGGGCAGCCUUCUAAUGACUGCGCAGAGUCCCUCCGACCCACCACUAUGCAGCAGUGCGAGAGCAAGUGCGACGCCACCCCCAUCGCCAAUGGCGACGGUAAGAUGAGGAAACAGUGCAAAGAUGUUAACAAAGUGGCCUACUGCCCGCUGGUCCUGAAGUUCAAGUUCUGCAGCCGUGCGUACUUCAGACAGAUGUGCUGCAAGACCUGCCAGGGCCACUGACCCUCGGGGGAAAAAGGCAACAAAGAUGGAGGGAGCAUGAUACGGCACUGACAGGAAAAGAAAAUAGGGCAGACUGAAAAGAAAAAACCUCUGGUCCAGUGGAAAAGAGAUGAAGAGAGAUCGACGAAAAUGAUGGAUUUCCUCGCUUAUCACACCUGGUCCUCCUGCUCUCCAUCUUGGUGGCAUCCAAACCACUGCUCAGCCCACAACGCUGACACAAACGGUUUUAAUUUUCACUUCUGUGAAGUGGAACUUGGAAGAUUAUUCGCUGGUUAUUUUUAUUAUAAUAAUAAUUAUUGAUAUCAUUGUUAGUCUUCUUUCGUGUUUGUUGUUUUAUGAAUCCAAAGUGCUGGACACAUCGCUUGCAGAUGAUGUUACCCUCGGAGAUGGACAGACGGAGGGGAGGACUCUACGUUAGAAGAAAGGGGGUGGGAGUUGAAAGUGUCGGACUCCUGUCUUUGGGACGACUGUGAUGGUGCUGUUGGCAGGCAGACUUCUGGCUACGGUGCACUUUUUCCUGUAAAUACUUUGCCAAUUUACCGCUCAGAUACGACAGAGAACCCCCAUCAGUGUACUGUAUAUUUAUUGUACAAUUCCAAGCAGAGCUGAGAUAUUGUCCUCUGAUCAUGUUUGUGUCGGAUAGUAGCCUACUGUCAUGGAAGGGAAUGUAAUGUGAUUGAAUUCAUAUUCAACGUCUCUGUGCUGGAAUGAAAAUAUAGCAUACUGUAACAUACGUUAAACCCUUAUAUACUGUAAGGAUUUGUAUAUUAUAUAUGAUGUUAAUCCAGGACCAGAAAUACUAUAUGGUUAUAAGAGGAUUUUUAAAUCACUUUUUCUUUCCCCAGAUGGGUGCCUUAGUUCCUAACACUUUAAUGAAAGCUCACUCAGUAUCAUUAGUCCAAAGUAGUGUAAAGAUAUCGUAAGACGGUGCCUGGGCCACAUGAAAGACUAUUACCAAACUGGCCUUUACUAAACAUCCCAUUGAGGAGCUUCCAGUUCACUAUUGAAGGAUUCAUUUUGAAGGAGCAAAUUCUAUGAAGCAGCUUGUUCAUUGGAAUCACAGAGCAGUCACUAUUUCUUACUGUUUUAAGGUGGAUGACUAUUACAUCAGAAGUUGUCCGAUAUUAUUGUACUUCAGCAGGAAGCAAAGACUGUCAUUGUUUCAUUGCUUAUAAAAGUUAAAGGAAUAGAAAGAACAUUUUCUUUCUUGCAGUGAAUUAGACAACCAAGAUACCAGUCGCUAUUAUGUCUGUACUGUGAAUAUGAAUCUUUAGCCAUACUAUAGUUAGCUUGUUUUCAGACAAUAAUGACAUUAAAGUAUUUAAUAGUUUACCUAUUAAACAGUAGAACGUUUUGUUCCGCUUUGGAGACGCUCUUUUUCCAAUGUGUUGAAUGGGGAAAAGGCAAAGCAAUGAACAUGGAGGUUGCAAUAUCCCGUGGGCCACCACCCCAAAAUCGAUAGGCUUGGUCCAGCAAAUAAAUAAUCUGGCACCCUAAUAUAUUUUACACUUUGUAUUUGGAAGAAUUAAAACAUGCUCAUUACUUAUUUUGAGUUGCUAGCAGUUUCAUAUUGAACGUACAGACACAGUGAUCAUCAAUCUUCUCAUCUAAUUCUCAGCAAGAAAAUAUAGAUCUACGUUUUUUGGUGUACACAUACCACAAGUCCUUGUUCUCCUUUUUCUCAUUAUCAUUGUCCCGCAGCGACAAGAAAAAACCAGCCAACUCAACGGUGCUUUUCCCUUUUUUUAUUUUCAUUUUUAUUCCCACUGAGUACUAUGUUUACCUCUUAUUUUCCUCCUGCUCUACUCUGAGGGUUGCGGCCUUCCCAGGCUUCUGGUGCUAUCAAGUGGGUGCUUCCAUUCAACCCUCCAGUGUGCUUAAAAGUGAGGCUGGCUCCAAACAAUAUGAAAGUAUAUAUCCUUGUCAAUAUCUCUUAUGGUAAAUGCUGGUCAUGUUAUUGUUUUGUUUGUAUCUGUUUAUACCUCACACUGGGAAUUGUCAUUGUUAACCGUGUAUUGUAAUUUGCGCCACCAACCAAAUGGACACUUGCCCAGUUGUAACUGACUUACCCAGGUGACAUUCCUGCUGGUGUAGGGGGUUGUGAAAGAGAACAUCUCUAUCACACGCUUGUUAUGGAGGUACAGUAGGAACUAUGAAAGACGAUUAAGGAGUGUACAAGAAUCUCAUCGAAGCUGUUAACAACUAAUUUCUAAUUUUGCUGCUGCUACUUUUUUGUAGCCACCUUCAGUAGGACAAUGUCGAGCAGAUUUGAUCGGUUACCAAACCUUGAAUGAGGCCGUUGGGAAAGGACAGUGGACGCUGAGAAGCAUUUGAAAUCAGUUAAACUCAGAUUGCUUGGACUUCACUCAUCUACUGGCUGCGGGAUACGGAGCCUCCAGAAAAAAUUGAAUUGAAAUCACUCAAACUGGUACUCAUUGCUGUGAACUUGGAUGUUUGAAUGUCACAUUGCUUAUACCUGUACCUAACGUGCAAGAGAAAUGAAAAGCAUCAUGUGAUUAGUCGCGUAUAUUUUAUAUUCAGUAUUAAUGUUGGUACACUGUUACUAAUUUCUUUUUUUCAAAUGUAAAUUAUAUGCUAAUUUAUUA